UGCGGCGGUGUAGACGGGAGGGGGAGUCUGGGGUUCCGACGUCGCAGCAGAGGGAAGGAGCCCCAACCGGAUCUUUGAAGAGCACCCCCACUCGGCGUUGUCUCUCCGCAUCGGCUGGCAGAGGCCCGGCGGCCUGAGGGAGCCCGGCCGCCCGCACCCGGCGCUAGCGCAGCCCCGGCCUGUCGGGCCUGAGCCCGAGAAACAGGUGGCAUCCCUGACUCCGCAGGAUGGCCCAAUGGAAUCAGCUCCAGCAGCUCGACACGCGGUACCUGGAGCAGCUCCACCAGCUGUACAGCGACAGCUUCCCCAUGGAGCUCCGGCAGUUCCUGGCCCCGUGGAUUGAAAGUCAAGACUGGGCAUACGCGGCCAGCAAAGAAUCGCAUGCUACGUUGGUGUUCCAUAACCUCCUGGGUGAGAUUGACCAGCAGUAUAGCCGCUUCCUGCAAGAGUCCAAUGUUCUCUAUCAGCACAAUCUGCGAAGAAUCAAGCAGUUCCUUCAGAGCAGGUAUCUUGAGAAGCCAAUGGAGAUUGCCCGAAUCGUGGCACGGUGCCUGUGGGAAGAGUCCCGGCUCCUCCAGACAGCAGCCACUGCAGCCCAGCAAGGAGGCCAGGCCAACCACCCCACGGCUGCUGUGGUGACGGAGAAGCAGCAGAUGCUGGAGCAGCACCUGCAGGAUGUCCGCAAGAGAGUGCAGGAUCUAGAGCAGAAAAUGAAAGUGGUAGAGAAUCUGCAGGACGACUUUGAUUUCAACUAUAAAACCCUCAAGAGCCAAGGAGACAUGCAGGACCUGAAUGGAAACAACCAGUCUGUGACGAGGCAGAAGAUGCAGCAGCUGGAACAGAUGCUCACCGCGCUGGACCAGAUGCGGAGAAGCAUUGUGAGCGAGCUGGCAGGGCUUUUGUCUGCAAUGGAAUACGUGCAGAAAACCCUCACGGACGAAGAGCUGGCUGACUGGAAGAGGCGGCAGCAGAUCGCCUGCAUCGGAGGCCCUCCCAACAUCUGCCUAGACCGUCUAGAAAACUGGAUAACCUCAUUAGCAGAAUCUCAGCUUCAGACCCGCCAACAAAUCAAGAAACUGGAGGAACUGCAACAAAAAGUGUCCUACAAAGGGGACCCCAUUGUGCAGCACCGGCCCAUGCUGGAGGAGAGGAUUGUAGAGCUGUUCAGAAACCUGAUGAAAAGCGCCUUUGUGGCGGAGCGGCAGCCCUGUAUGCCCAUGCACCCCGACCGGCCGCUGGUCAUCAAGACUGGAGUCCAGUUCACCACGAAAGUCAGAUUGCUGGUCAAAUUUCCUGAGUUGAAUUAUCAGCUUAAAAUUAAAGUGUGCAUCGACAAAGACUCCGGGGACGUGGCGGCUCUCCGAGGAUCCCGGAAGUUUAACAUCCUGGGCACAAACACCAAAGUCAUGAACAUGGAAGAGUCCAACAAUGGCAGCCUGUCUGCAGAGUUCAAGCACUUGACCCUGCGGGAGCAAAGAUGUGGCAACGGGGGUCGCGCCAAUUGUGAUGCCUCCCUGAUUGUGACAGAGGAGCUGCACCUGAUCACCUUUGAGACUGAGGUGUACCACCAAGGCCUCAAGAUCGACCUGGAGACCCACUCUCUGCCUGUGGUGGUGAUCUCCAACAUCUGCCAGAUGCCGAACGCCUGGGCGUCCAUCCUGUGGUACAACAUGCUGACCAACAACCCCAAGAACGUGAACUUCUUCACCAAGCCCCCGAUCGGGACCUGGGAUCAAGUGGCCGAGGUGCUGAGCUGGCAGUUCUCCUCCACCACGAAGCGGGGGCUGAGCAUCGAGCAGCUGACCACGCUGGCUGAGAAACUCCUAGGACCUGGUGUGAACUAUUCAGGGUGUCAGAUCACAUGGGCUAAAUUUUGCAAAGAAAACAUGGCUGGCAAGGGCUUUUCCUUCUGGGUCUGGCUGGACAACAUCAUUGACCUUGUGAAAAAGUAUAUCCUGGCCCUUUGGAAUGAAGGGUACAUAAUGGGCUUUAUCAGCAAGGAGAGGGAGCGGGCCAUCCUGAGCACCAAGCCCCCAGGCACCUUCCUCCUGAGAUUCAGCGAAAGCAGCAAAGAGGGAGGUGUCACCUUCACCUGGGUGGAGAAGGACAUCAGUGGGAAGACCCAGAUCCAGUCGGUGGAGCCGUACACCAAGCAGCAGCUGAACAACAUGUCGUUUGCUGAGAUCAUCAUGGGCUAUAAGAUCAUGGACGCCACCAACAUCCUGGUGUCUCCACUCGUCUAUCUCUACCCCGACAUUCCUAAGGAGGAGGCGUUCGGAAAGUACUGUCGGCCGGAGAGCCAGGAGCACCCUGAAGCUGACCCAGGUAGUGCUGCCCCGUACCUGAAGACCAAGUUUAUCUGUGUGACACCAACGACCUGCAGCAAUACCAUUGACCUGCCGAUGUCCCCCCGCACUUUAGAUUCAUUGAUGCAGUUUGGAAAUAAUGGUGACGGUGCUGAGCCCUCAGCAGGAGGGCAGUUUGAGUCCCUCACGUUUGACAUGGAGUUGACCUCGGAGUGCGCUACCUCCCCCAUGUGAGGAGCUGGGAGCGGAAGCUGCAGAGCUGACAGGCACCUCCCCGUGGUCCACCGCCCCUCGAGCAGCCCAGCCCCCGACCGCCUGAAACUCCUAACCUUGUGGUUCCAGAUUUUUUUUAAAAUCUCCUACUUCUGCUAUCUCUGAGCAAUCUGGGCACUUUUUUAAAAUAGAGAAAUGCGUGGAUGUGGGUGAUACGCUUUUAUCUAGAUGCAAAUACGAAUUGCGCUCUGAGGCCGUGGCAGGGGAUGUGGAAGUGGGCUGCCGGCGGGAGAGAGGAAGCGUCUGCGUCGGCUCGUCCCUGCCCUCCUUCGCCGCCGCCGCCAGACAAGUGCCUCCUGCGCCCGCAGCGCCUGCCCACUCCUGCGAGCUCGCGCCCAGGCCGUCUGUAGCUGUGCACUCCUGGCCUUGCACUUUUAACCUUGCUAGUGUCCAAAUAGAAGACAGGACUGUCUAAGCCCCUAGGUUUCCUUCUAAAUUAAAGAAUGAGAAUUAAAGGGGAAAAACAACAACAAACCAAAAAAAAAAAAAAAAAAAACCACAAAUACUGUCUCAGCAGCGUAGCCUUUUCUGUAUUUAAGAAAACAAAACUCAGCAGCCUCCUUGGUGCUCUAAGCAUUCGGUUUCUUAGGCUGAUAAUUUAUGAAAUGGGCUUCAGAUCAGACCCUUGACGGACGUUUGAAGCUGUGGCUUGGCCUUUGGUUUCAACAUAAGAAGGUUUAAGGAGAACCUGCCCAUUUUAGACUUUUUUUUAUAAACAGAUUUUUAUUUUCCUCUGUAAUGGUGGCCUUUUGGUGGGCAAGCCUGGGCAGAGGGUGUGAGACCUGCACCCCUCUCUCCCUGGACUGACAUCCCACUCCGGAGCCUUGGUGUUGCUCCGGGUGCCUUUGUGGGGCUGGGAUAGCCUGGCUUCCCCUCCACGGCCCACCUGGCCCACCGGGGCCACCACCUCCUGGGUCCGAGGUCCUUUGUCCUGUUUGCUCUGGGAGCCCUGCUGUUGGGACCUCACAGGAGCAGAGGGAGUGGGGUUGCAGGUCGGACGUGACUCAGGCUGUGGGGCCCUAGCCAAGUGUCUGGUUGAGCUCAGGGAAUACGGUUCUCGCCCCGGUUUCUCGGUGACUUCCAGCAGCACCUGCAAUGCCGUCUCCCCUUGGCUAACACAGGGCAAAGGCCUCCUGGUGAUGGACGCACAGUCUGCCCUCAUAUGAGGGCCUCCCCAAGGCUAGUGGUGACUCACAGGUGAAGCCGGGCAGCCAGAGUGCCUGCACCUGUUACGGCCUCCAUGCGGGCCCUGAAGCAGGCGGCUGGCCUCUGCUGUGCUUUCUGGACCACUCAGUGGCGUGCUCAGAGGGCCUUCCCUGACCCAGAGGCAUGGCCUGAUUUGGUGACUCAAAACUGCCUUGCCUCGGUUGAUCAGAGCUCCUAUGGAAUUCUGUCUGUUGGACCCAGUUUUGCUAUAGUUUCUGAAUUAAAGGGUGAGGACCUUCUCUCCAAGAUGAGUGGGGCUUGCCGCUGGGCAUCCCUGUCCUCCUGCCUGGGGGAGGGGGGCUGAUUCAUAGUCCCAAGCUCCCCCUUCCGCAGCAACACUUCUCGUACAUAAUAAGCUUAACGCCGACCCCCAGAGACUGUUGAGAAAGGUGGGGCUCGGGCUCACGCUAGGUCCUGGGGACCUAGGGCAUGCGUCUGGGCUUCACUGUCAAGUUCAUGGCCCUAGGUAGCAUGCGUAUCUGGGCUAACUCUGAUUGUAGCAGAAGUUCUGAGAGGAGCUGGGCCGUGCCCCGGCCCCUCCCUUAAAGAACAGAGUCCCCAGGCCCUGGCCGCUCUCUCCACUGCCCCUGCCCUUGCCCCGCCCCGCCGAGGGAUUCCCGUGGAGCGCUUAACCUACCUACCACAGUGGUUUGUAAGCUGCUGUCCUGGCCACUGCAUUCAAAUUCCAGUGUAUACUUCAUAGUGUAAAAAUUUAUAUUAUUGUGGGUUUUUUGUUUUUGGUUUUUUUGUAUAUUGCUGUAUCUACUUUAACUUCCAGAAAUAAAAGUUAUAUAGGAACAA